UUUUUUUUUUUUUUUUUUUUUUUUUUUUUUAUAUGUUCAAACUCGCCCUGUUACAUUCAGAGUCAAAUAGGGCAAUGAGCCAAGCAUAUAAAUGUUUUAUUUACACACAAGAAAUUAAAGAUAUUUUCAGAGGUUGGUGACGGUCUGCCAUGAGGAGGUGAACAUUUAAUUAUGAUGUAAUGCGAGGUUACUAGCAAGUUUGGGUUCGCCAGACAGCUGUUGCAUUCCCACGACCUUUCCACGACCUUUCCGUGGUUCUCACCUGUGUGGCAAAUGUUCAGACAUGUGGUUGUCGCUUCAUACUUAAUCUUUGCCUUCUUGUAAAUUCCAUUAUUGUACAUUUUCAUAUACUUAACAACAAGUAUUUACGACAUUGUAAGACUCGUGGGCUUACUUGAAUGACACACUCAUCACAACAUUGAAUAUGUACGAGUGUGUAACAUCAUAUUAACGUAAAUGUUAUAGGGAACUAUUUUCAUACAAAAAUAAGAUAUAACCCCCUUGAAAAAAUAAUAAAUGCUAAAUAAUUUUUAUUGUUUGGUAGUUUCCCCUGACAAGUUGUGCGGGUUCUACGACUGUGGGCGUGAAAAUGGGGGAGGAACCGCGCCAGCCACGCUAUUAAUCACUGCCUGUUUCCUCCUUUACGUAGUGUUGGGUCAUUGGGAGACUGAUAAAAGCCUGUCCACACCAAUGUUUCCGAACGGUUUCUUAAAUGUUGCCCAACUGUUUGCAAACAUUUGGAAAACAUUUGAGUUUUCAAGGAUUGAUUGAUGGAUGGAUGGAUGGAAGGAUAAGUAAGUGGAUGGAUGGAUGAAUGAGUGGAUAGGUGGAUGGGUGGAUGAAUGGGUAAGUGGAUGGAUAGAUGAGUAAAUGGAUGAAUGGGUGGGUGAAUGGAUAGAUGAAUGGGUGUAUGAGUGGAUAGAUGGAUGGAUGGAUGGAUGAACGCAUAGAUGGAUGGAUUUAUGAGUGGAUAGACAGAUGGAUGGAUGGGUUGAUAGAUGGGUGGAUGGAUGAAUGGAUGGAUGGGUGCUGAUGGAUAGAUGGAUAGAUGGAUGGAUGUUUGGAUAGAUGGAUGGAUGGAUGGAAGAAUGGAUGGAUGGAUAGAUAGCUAGAUGGAUGAGUUGAUGAUGGAUUGAUGGAUGGAAAAGGGAGUGUUUAAAAAAUCAGAUGUUUGCAAGCACUGGUUCCAUUAUAUCCUGGUGUGGACGAGGCUUAACCAAUUGAACAAUACAUUGAACAAUACCAAGUUUGCUCUGCCCCAAUCAGAAAUUUUAGAAAGAUCAGAAGUCAAGCGUUCUGUGGCUUCCCUGCGUGAUAUGUUUACCUCCUGAAGGGUUGGACGUCUAUGAAAAGACGUAGAAAAGUGCAGGGUGGUAUCAUCAGCGUAGGAGUGGGUAGGACAAGAAGUUUGGUUUAGAAGAUCAUUAAUGAAUAAUAAGAAGAGAGUGGGUGACAGGACAGAACCCUGAGGAACACCACUGUUAAUAGAUUUAGGAGAAGAACAAUGACCGUCUACCACAGCAGCAAUAGAACGGUCAGAAAGGAAACUUGAGAUGAAGUACAGAGAGAAGGAGAGAAGCCGUAGGAGGGUAGUUUGGAAAUAAAAGCUUUGUGCUACAUUCUAUCAAAAGCUUUUGAUAUGUACAAGGCAACAGCAAAAGUUUCACCAAAAUCUCUAAAAGAGGAUGACCAAGACUCAGUAAGGAAAGCCAGAAGAUCACCAGUAGAGCGGCCUUGACGGAACCCAUACUGGCGAUCAGAUAGAAGGUUGUGAAGUGAUAGAUGUUUAAGAAUCUUCCUGUUGAGGAUAUAUUUAAAAACUUUAGAUAGGCAGGAAAUUAAAGCAAUAGGACGGUAGUUUGAGGGAUUAGAACGGUCACCCUUUUUAGGAACAGAUUGAAUGUAGGUAAACUUCCAGCAAGAAGGAAAGAUAGAUGUUGACAGACAGAGCUGAAAGAGUUUGACUAGGCAAGGUGCAAGCACGGAGGCACAGUUUUGGAGAACAAUAGGAGGGACCCCAUCAGAACCAUAAGUCUUCCGAGGGUUUAGGCCAGCGAGGGCAUGGAAAACAUCAUUGCGAAGAAUUUUAAUAGGUGGCACAACACCAUCCAACCACCACCUGCCUCUUCCCUGCAUUCCACCAUAUACCCCUUCCCAUCUCCUCUAUCCUCCCUUCCCCUGUCCUCCACCCCAUCCCCUUCCGUCUCCUUCAUGAUCCACCCUCUCUUUCCUUCCACUCCCCUCCCCCAGUCCAUCCCUCCACUCUUCCUUCACCUUUCCAUUACCUGCUAUCCAUUCUCAUCUCUCCUUUUUCGAUCUCUCCCUGUCCCAUCCCUCCUUAUCUUUUUCUUCUUUCUUACCGCUCUCCUCCCCCUAUUCUUUCUUCCCUCUGUUGCAUCCCUGCCUCCCACAUCUCUCCCAUGGAUAACAAGAUACAAUAAUGAGAAGGGAAUAAGGAUAGGAACAGAUACAAGGAAUGAGGAUGCCUAAAUAUAUCACCUCGUAAGCUAACACGGUAGUAAUAUUAAUUUUGUUAGGGUAGAUGAAGUUUGAUUAACAUAAUGUUUUCUUCGUGGACCGCGUGAAGUUAGCGUAAUAAGUUACAAAGAACCGUCAGAGAACCCCUCGCAGUGACAACCAGGUAGCACAGCUUGCUACAAAAGUCUUACACUAACACCACCGUGGAAGGCAAGACGAUUUAACAAUGUAUAUACACUGCACCAAGGCUGAAAUUAGCAGGUUAUCAUUAUAAUUAGUGGUUGUACAUAUGGCGGCAUAGGGGUGUGUGUAUGUGUGUGCGCGCAUGCAUGCGUGCAGUAUGACAGCCUGGGCUUAGUCGCGGCAGGACCAUGUGGUGUCCUCGCGGCGCUGCCAGUGGUGCCGCGGAGCUGUGUAGUGAGUAUGUGUAUUUAUUUAGCUUCACCUUAUGCCAAUUCCUUCAUCACUCACCCGACGUGUCACCUGCAGGAUAAUACUCAACGCUCAAGGGACACAUGGAAGUAAAGAGUGACUGCUUAGUUCAUAUUUCGGAAGCUUUGAACACUAGAGAAAUUUCAGGUUGAUUACGUUAUUAGAGUUGAUUGCAUACCUGAUGGCAACGACAGGUGUAAUUAGCAGGUGCAAUGUUAUGAAUUUGUAGUAAAAACAGUAUUACAGGAAGAAGGGAACAUGUAUUCAUUAAAACGUUGAAAAUUUAUACUUAGAAGGAAAAGUGAAGGAAUAAAAAAAAAAAUGAUAGGAAUGAAGCAGCGGUGUUGUGGGAUAGCGGAGAUGAGUAACACGUAAGAUACUAUGUAAGAUGUGCCUUUAUGAGAAUACUGGACGAGACUGCAAUGGUGCUGGGUGGCCGGCCCGUCAUGGUGGUGGUGGUGGUGGAAGGAUACAUACCAGGAAUAAGAAGGAUGGAAUCGCCGCGUUCCACACACCACAAGAUUCCAGUAGUGGACAUGGGAGCAAUAGGAGUCGGGAAGGAUGAGAAGCGUGCAGACCCCAAAGAGUGGCAACGGGUGUCUCAUGAGUUAUGCGAGGCUCUGUCCGAUGUUGGCUUUGUGUACCUGUCCAACCACGGCAUUCCUGACGCACAGAUCAGCAACUUCAUGAGUGCCUCAGCCGAGUUCUUCAAGCUGGACAGGGAGACAAAGGUGAAGUACGUCUCCGAUCUGAGCACUGCGCACGGCUACAUCGAGGUGGACCGCGAGAAGCUGGACCCAACAGGCAAGUUCAAUGAGCUUCGCGAGUCCUUCUACAUGAAAAACAUGGAAGGCACCUUCCCAGACAGCGAGGUGCCUCAGCUCAGGCCCACCGCCGCUGCCUUGGUGGCCUCCUGUGGGACCCUUACCUACCGCGUCCUUACUGCCCUCGCCUUUGGCCUUGGUCUGGACAAGGAUAUCUUCGUGGCGACUCACCGUGGGAUGUGUACAGGCUCCCCACCCAACGCCACGGUGCUUCGCGUUAACCACUACCCUCAGCUGCCCGCCAACCUGCCGGAGAAUGUUAUUCGCUGCGGGGCGCACACUGACUACGGCUCCAUCACGUUGCUCUUCCAGGACUCCAUGGGCGGCCUCCAGGUGCGCAGCGUGGACGGGAAGUGGGUGGACGCGCAUCCCAUACCUGGUACCAUCCUGAUUAACGUGGGGGACGCGCUGCAGAUGUGGACGUCCAGCAAACUUGUGGCUACGGAGCACCGCGUGGUUAUCCCAAAGGAGGAGAUGCGUCGGAGGGUGUCCCGUUACUCCAUCGCUUUCUUCGUCAACCCUGACAACGACGUGUUACUGCAGCCCCUCGACGCCUCCCCGUCCUCCGCCACCCCACCCAUCACGGCACACCAGCACCUCCUCAACAUGUACUCCAAGACCUACGCGUAUUGAAGAUCCGUGCAUAAUUAGAGACUGUUUGUAUUAGCUCAUGCUCUUAUCCUCUUUUUUCCUUCCGUUUACUUUUUUUUAUUUAUUAAUCUAUUUAUUUAUUUUUUUUUAUUUUUUGCUCUUCGUCAGCCUUCUUCACACGUUAAUAGAAAAAUGGUAGUAAUGGAUGAAUUAAUGAAUAAAUAGAUAAAUCAUAAUAUCAACAACAACAACAACAACAACAACAACAACAACAACAACUUUGCUAGAGCCUAAUCGUUGUGCUAUAUACCGUUGGAUAAGAAAUAAAAUUUUGUGUUCAGUGGAAUGUAUCCGCUCUCGUUGACACAAAAGGAAGUUGGUGAAAAUUGCAGAAAACUGAGGAUCACCUUACAAAAGUUUUAUACUGUAUUUUGCGCAUGCGUGGUAGUGUUGCAAAUUUAACAUGCUUUUUCGUUAUAGCUUGUAUUACUCUUAUCAACAACAACAUUUGAGCUUGAUCAAUUAAUUAGUUAAAAGUUGUAAUUUUGACUGCGCAUGCGCAACGCUUCUUGAAAGCGGUCUCCUAGCUAACACACAAGCACAGAAAGCAUCGCUAGAUAUAAUUCUAAGUAACUGAUAACUUAGCUUUGGUAAACGUGGCUAGCUAGGAGCGGUGACGGCUGGGGUGUUGAUUCCAAGUCGCUGGGUUCCUGGCCACCGGCUGGUCGUGUUACAUAGCAAAGACAACCUCUUUGCUGUUGUCCAGGAUUCCGUGCUUCUAAGUUCUUAUUAACUUAGUGAAUUAAAAAAGUGCAAGCCGUAAAGUGGUGGAGAAGUGAACGGAAAGGCUGAUGACUGGCGACUGCUACUGACAGCAGGGGUCAAGCAGAGAACUCAGCUCUCCAUCCGCCACGUAGAAAGAAAAGCAUUUCGCUUUCUGCUCACAGUUAUUUCCUAGUUUAUAAUAGUAACUAAUACUUAGUUUGUGCUAUUUUUAAUUUAAUCCAUUACCCUUUAAUAUAACUUUACAAUUUAUAUACAAAUCAUACCAUAAACCAAUAAUGUUUUGCUAUGAUGCAUGAUACUAGUGGAAAUUUCCAUAAGUUUCAUUAAAACUGGUUGAGUAGUUUUCGAGAAAUCCCAUUUUCGACACCCUUCUACUUUUUGCAAGUUAUCCAUUGACUUCAUCUUAUAGAAAAGAUGAAAGCUAUUUCAUAUGAAAUUGAUGUUGUGCUAUCCAUACGAUGCUAACUUCGUUACGAUCGGCCGCGCAGUUCCGGAGAUAUUACUGUUUGAACAGCGUUACGGUCGUUCCGGGCCGCUCAUAAUGAAACAACAACCUCCAUGGUAAACUUCGCUUUGCUUAUAAUAAAGCAAUAGUUAGUAUGUGGAACGUUAUUAUAUGAUACUGCUACUGAUGCUGCUACUACUACUACUACUACUACUACUACUACUACUACUACUACUACUACUACUACUACUACUACUACUACUAAUAAUAAUAAUAAUAGAAAGUUUUUUUUUCUAGUCUAUGGCAAUGUACAUCUUAAACUAAUACGUAUUUUAUUUCCACCUCUUCGAUACUUUUUUCUUCUUUUUCUGACGCUGAAGUAAACUAUCGAGUGCC